AUGACCAUACCCACUAAGGCUGGUUGGACGGCAGCUGAACUGAGCGCCUAUGAUGGAUCGAAUGAUACGCCUAUCCUCAUUGGUGUGAAAGGCAAGGUGUACAAUGUGUGGACGAGGCCUGACUUUUACGGUCCUGGUGGAGGAUAUCAUGUAUUUGCUGGUCGCGACGCGUCUCGGUUGCUAGCUAAAGGUAUACUGGAUGAGGCGGACGACAACGGAGAGGAGCUUAACAAGCACGAGCUUGAGCAGCUCGAUGACUGGGCGCAGAUGUUCGAAUCUAAAUAUCCCUAUGUUGGCACUUUGGCGGAGUAG